UGAUUGUCAUGGUUGUCACUUGUCAUGUCAUUUGUUAAAAAUACCACAUCAAGUUGUCGUAAAAAUAUUGCGAAUUUUAAUUGAUUUUAACAAUAUAGGUUUUACAAUAAUAGCACCAAACAAGAACGUCCUGAGAAAAAGCAUUUCUGUUGAUCGUUAUUAAUUAUUAUUCAAUUUCGUGGGACCAAUUUGCGUAAAACAUGUUAAAACCUAAAGCAUUGACUCAAGUAUUGAGCCAGGCUAACACCGGAGGUGUCGAAAAUACCCUACUUCUUACUCAUCAAGGGGCACUCUUAGCUUAUUCUGGCUAUAAUGAUAAAGAUGCAAGAGUCACUGCUGCUAUUGCAAGUAAUGUGUGGUCUGCAUAUGAGAAACAGGGAAGAAAUGUAUUCAAAGAAGAAAAGUUAGAUUUAAUAUUAGUGGAUUGUCAAAAUGGAAAAAUUGCAGUAACACAAGUUGCUAAUUUGUUACUUUGCUUAUAUUCCAAAGAGAUUGUUGGGUUCGGUAUUUUACGAGAAAAGAUUAAAGCAAUUGCACAAUAUUUAGAGGGUCCUCUUAAGCAAGUAGCUAAUUCAUAGUUAUUAAGGCAUUAUAGCCUAUAGGCUACUUUUAUAUUUAUAAAAGUAUGAUGCUGAUGUAUAACAUCAUUAUAAAACUAAAAAUUAUUAAAAAAAAAAACUUAAGUUUAUUAUUCCAGACUAAUAAAAUGGUUGCUUUUGUUGUUGAUUAUCUUGAUUAAGUUAAAUUAGGUAAGUGUAAUGAUCUACAACCUUAUACAACAUGUUAUUUAAAAUAAAUAUUAAUAAUUUAAGAUUGAA